UCUCGCCUGCCACCAUGUCCGUCACCAUCGAGCGGGAGUUUGAGGAGGUGGAUGCUGAGAACCGGUGGCAGCCCAUGUACUUGGAAAUUCGAAGUCAGUCCCAUGACUACCCUCAUAAAGUGGCGAAAUCUCUAGAAAAUAGAAAUCGAAACAGAUACAGAGAUGUCAGCCCAUAUGAUCAUAGUCGUGUUAAACUGCAAAAUACUGAAAAUGAUUAUAUCAAUGCCAGCUUUGUUGCCAUAGAAGAGGCACAAAGAAAUUACAUCUUAACGCAGGGUCCACUUCCUAAUACUUGUUGUCAUUUUUGGCUAAUGGUAUGGCAGCAAAAGUCCAAAGCAGUUGUUAUGCUAAAUCGAAUUGUGGAGAAAGACUCAAUAAAAUGUGCACAAUAUUGGCCAACCAAAGAAGACCAAGUGAUGUUGUUUGAAGAGACAGGAUUCUGUGUGAGACUAGUGUCAGAAGAUAUCAAAUCAUAUUAUACAGUUCAUCUACUAAAAUUAGAAAAUAUUCAUAGUGGUGAGAUCAGGUUAAUAUCUCACUUUCAUUAUACUACAUGGCCAGAUUUUGGAGUCCCUCAAUCACCAGCUUCAUUCCUCAACUUCUUAUUUAAAGUUCGAGAAUCUGGUUCCCUGAAUGCUGAACAUGGACCUGCAAUAAUUCACUGUAGUGCAGGCAUUGGCCGGUCUGGCACAUUUUCAUUAGUUGAUACUUGUCUUGUCCUGAUGGAAAAAAGAGAUGAUCCUUUCUCUGUUAAUAUUAAGCAAGUAUUAGUGAAUAUGAGAAAAUUUCGAAUGGGACUUAUUCAGACUCCAGAUCAACUAAGAUUUUCAUAUAUGGCUGUAAUAGAAGGAGCAAAAUUUAUAAUGGGAGAUUCAAAUAUACAGAAGCGAUGGAAAGAACUGUCUAAUGAAGACGAGGCACCUAACUAUGAACAUUCACCACCUCAUCCAACUAAAAUAAUUAUUGGAAAGUACAAUGGGAAUAGGGUAGAGUUAGAAGGUGGCGAAAAAGAUGACACAAUAAACCUUACAGAACUCUCCACCAAGAUGCAAGAUACAGUGACAGAGAGCACUGAAAGUGCUGUUCGGAAGCGAUACCGAGAGGACAGAAAAGCUAAUACAGCUCAAAAGGUGCAGCAGAUGAAACAGAGGCUAAAUGAGACUGAACGAAAAAGAAAAAGGCCAAGACUGACUGACACCUAAAUCUCCAUGAUCUGUGAAUGCUCUGAAGCUAUAAAUUUUGAACCAUUGACAUGCAAAGCAAGAUCUGAA